CCCCUUCCCCGCCUCGGCCCGCCCCGGCUGCCGGGAGAGGCCGCUCCGCGCCCGGCUGCCGUCGCCGCUGCGCUCGCCCAGUAUAGUUAGAGCUGCCCGGUUUCCCCGCGUCUACCCGUCCUUCUCCAGCCCGGGCCCCGAGCCGCGCCCGGCGCCUGCCGGCGGCUCCCGGUGGCAGGGGAGCCGCUCCGAGCGGCGGCUCCGGAGGUAAAAGUGACUUGACAACCACGCAGGAAGGUGGAUUAUUUUUCAAACAACGAGCAUGCGUCUCUAGACAUGAUUUGUGGUUCGGUCCGGCUGGAGCUGUCUGAAUGAAGCUAUGGGCUGUGCCUCCGCCAAGCAUGUUUCUACUGUUCAAAACGAAGAGGAAACUCAGAAGGGGAAAAACUAUCAGAAUGGAGAUGUGUUUGGUGAUGAGUAUAGGAUCAAACCAGUGGAAGAGGUCAAAUACAUGAAAAAUGGGGGAGAAGAUGAUCAGAAAAUAGCAGCCAGGAACCAAGAAAACUUGGAAAAAAGUGCCAGUUCAAAUGUAAGACUUAAAUCUAAUAAAGAGAUCCCAGGAUUAGUACAUCAACCCAGAGCAAACAUGCACAUCUCUGAAAGCCAACAAGAAUUUUUCAGAAUGCUUGAUGAAAAAAUUGAAAAGGGUCGUGAUUAUUGUUCAGAAGAGGAGGAUGUCACAUAGUGCCAAUUCUGCCACUCGCACCAGGAGUACUACUGUGUAAAUAGAUUACAACCCAGUCAAGACCUUUUGGAAGUCUUCUAGAGCGAACAGCACUACAUAACAGAAGAAGAUCAUUUCCACAUUAUAUGCUCCAUUCAGUUACAGUGUUUCUUAAUGAACAGACGAGGAAUAUUGCUAAGAACUCGUAAGGAACUGUUUUUGUUGCUGCUAGUUAAAACUUGUUGCAACUUCUCACUUUUUUCUGUGUCCAGAUACGCAGCAGAUCCUUAAAGUUAAUCCAAAAGACGUUAUUGAUUUUAUUGAGGCUUCUGGCCUGUUUUCUAUCAGAUGAGGUAGUGUUAUACAAAACUUCCAUAAGUGAACAUUCAAGCAUCUAAGAAACACCCUUAAGCUGUCUGUCAGUCCGCGUUCAGGCCGAAGUGCUUAUUAAUGCUGGUGAUUUCAAGCUUUGGAGAUGGGAUGUUUUUGCCAUGGCAGGCCUUGUUUCUCUGCUGAGAAGAAGCUGAGAAACUAUUAUCCAUUAAAAGCAUGUUAUCACUGAAAUACUGGAAGUGAUGCAGGAGCAAGAAUUUGUAUUUUAAGAGGAAAAAGAGUUUCAUUUAAUAGGUAUCUUAAUCAAGGACUAAGCUUGCAGUAUUGGCUUUGCUGAGCACGAAUGGGAGUGUGAUCACAAUCAUUUUGAAUCUCUUUUUUUCUAAGAAAAUAAACAUUUUACUGUUUUUAUGUA